CAUUAUCAGCUGUAGACUGCUGUGUGCUGGGCAGUGAGUAGCCUAUAGUCAGUAGACGGUAAUAUUUUAACACCCGUUCUUUACUCCAAAUAUUUAAUUUAAGUGUUGAUGGAGUGCAGUUCGGUAGGCCUACGCAAGGCGUGGACAGUAGCCUUUGGACUGAAGAGAAAAGCCUGUAUUCAGCAUGCUGGUAGAGGGAAGACGUCACUUUCCGAACACAGACUAAGUUAUGAUUGACAAAGGAUAUUGUCAACAUUAACAUUAGGCCUACUGUUGGUGAAACCAAAAUUCUACGCAAGUGGGAAUCUUGUUGAACGACUUUGGAAACAACUGCAGCGCAUCGGUGACAUUGGAUUUUGGCUGAUAAAGAAAUAGCUGACCGUUCCUUGUAACACCAUAGCGAUGUCGGAUUGGUAACCUAGAUUUGAUCGCAAAUUUGUCGCACUGUCUGUCAUCAUAACCUUGAUUACUUAACUUGUAAGCGAAACCUGUAGAGGGAGCGAAAGGCCACAGGAGUAGCCUAAUAGAUGCCAGUGAAAGGGAGAUCUUGAUUCAACUUCUACUCGUACAAUUGACUGUAUCAGAAAGUUCGCAAUGGAUCUGCUGGAAUGCCCUAUUUGCCUGUUUCUAAUGUGCGAACCUGUGACAAUGAGUUGCGGUCACUCGUUCUGCCGGCGAUGCAUGGGGAGCUACCUGCCGCCAAGAUGCCCCGCAUGCAAGGAGAGAUUUAAACAAAGAGACGCAAAAAACAUCAAGAACAACGUGCUGCUUAUAGGCAUAAUCGAGAAGUGCUGCCCGGAAGAGACGAAAAUGAAGUGCCACAUUCAGGAGAAGCUCAAAACGAGCGAAUUCACAGUAGCGUUGCGGAUUGCGGAUGAGGGAAUAGAACUAGCCCCUGAUGAUGUAAGUCUGAAAGUAUGGCGGGCUGAAGCCAACAUGGGUCUGCAACGCUUCUCCGAUGCUCUGCGAGACCUUGACGAACUCUGCACUUUCCGUCCAAACUGGACUGAGGGCUUCUUUCGUAAAGGGAACGUGUUGAUGGAGAUGGGCCGGCAGACAGAGGCCUUGAUCCAGUUCUACCACUGCCUGAAACAGCAGGCUGAUUUUGCCCCGGCCAAGACCCACAUCAAGAAGAUCUUGGAGGCUGAAGGCAUGUCUGUGCCUGAGGAGGUGCCUCGGAUUCUGCAGGUGGUGUCUGACUUCCUGCGGGAGGACUGUCCCAUCAGCAGCUCCCAGGGCACCCCCCAUGGGAAGAAAGGGGUGAGGUGCCCCCCAGAGGAUGGGGCAAAAGAAAGGGGCAACUCUGGCAAGAUGGCUGCCAAAGCCAAGCUGGGCUCCAGCACCGAGUGCUGCCUGAGUCUGUGCCAAGCCGUGUCCCUCCUCCCCACCGCCGAGGAGGAAGAGGAGCCUACGAUGAGGAAGGGCGAGAGGGACCACAGAGCCUACUGCGGCGCGGACAGGGAAUCGACCCUCGGCGUCCUGACUGUCUCUGACUUUGAGUGUCCGCUCUGCAUCAGACUGUUCUAUGAGCCAGUGACCACGCCUUGUGGGCACACGUUUUGCAAGAACUGCAUUGAAAGAAGCCUAGACCACAACCUGCGAUGCCCCCUCUGCAAGCAGCCACUACAGGAGUAUCUGAAGAACAGGAAGUACAACCCCACGGUACUACUGCAGGACGUCAUGAGCCGCCUCUUCCCCUCACAGCUGGCAGAGCGCAAGCAGGUGCACGAGACCGAGAUGGCCGAGCUCUCCAACUUGACCACCGAUAUCCCCAUCUUCGUGUGCACGGUGGCAUACCCGGGCAUUCCAUGCCCGCUGCACAUCUUUGAGCCACGCUACCGCCUCAUGAUGCGCCGCUGCAUGGAGACGGGCACCAAGAAGUUUGGCAUGUGCUGCUAUGAGCCUGGCAAAGGGUUUUCAGACUACGGCUGCAUGCUGGAUAUCUUAGAGAUGGACCUGCUUCCGGAUGGGCGAUCCUUCGUGGACACAAUGGGAGGCAACCGCUUCCACGUCCUGAGGCGCAGUCAAAGAGAUGGAUACCACACCGCUGAUGUGGAGUACCUGGAGGACCGCAAGGUGGAGGGUGCGGAGCUGGACAUGCUUGAGCGGUUGCAUGAGAGCGUGUACCAGCAGACGAGGGAGUGGUACCAGCGCCUGGGCGUCCACAUCCGGGAUCAGAUAUGCAGACGCUUCGGGGCCAUGCCUGACAAAGAGGACAACAUCCAGGCAUCCAGUAAUGGCCCUGCAUGGUGCUGGUGGUUGCUGUCCGUGCUGCAGCUGGACCCAAGCUACCAGACCACCGUGCUAUCCCUCACCUCCCUCAAGGACCGGCUCGGACACCUGCGCCUCAUGUUGGAAUACUUCUCUCAGAGCUAGACGCGCACACACACACACGCACGCACGCACGCACACACACACACACACACACACACACACACACACAUACAGAGAUAAACACACUCAAAAAGACUGGUCAGGGCACUUUUGACUAAUGCUGGAAUACUUCUCCCAUAGCAAGACACACUGCACACACACACACACACACACACACACACACAUUGCUGGACUUCAGCAAAUGUGCUGUAAGUCUGAAUUUAAUUUAGCAGCCCUUAAAGCCAUGGGCAAUGCCUUUUUUUAAAAAAAAAUGUUGGGGAAACUUUGGGAAACAAAGUUACUAUUUCAUUACUAUAUAUAUGUAUUUUGUUCUACCCAUUGAGACAAACGAGUUUCUGUUGAAGUAACGCACAUGCAUUUCCGCAGUAUCAUUUGUGCACAACACAUUUGCCAAACGUGAGUGACCCACUCGGAUGAAGAGCUUUAGGCUCAGUGGCAUUGCUAGCAUGGUGUGGUUGUUUACGCAGAGUUUGCUUCGUCAUACUUGAAUAACGUUUGAAGAGAUUAACACUUUUUCCCAGACAAACCCCAUCACUCGUAGUCUUUCCUGGGUUACCUGUUGCAUCAGGAGCCGUGUCGGACGACAUUAACCUUUCUGCCAACUGAGUGCAGAUUGUGGCUUUGCAGUGCAUUAAUGCAGAAGGAGAAACAGCUUAGGGGAGAGGGGCAUGGAGAUGGGAACGGUAGCCCAUCAGUAGUCAUGAUGUCAUAAUGGAAUUACCAUAAUAGAGUUUUGAGAAGGAUAUGCUGCAUUCCAGACAACUCUGAAGUUGUGUGGAAUGCAGCAAUGGUAUUCAUCAUCGCUUGUCUAAACGCACAGCUCUUUCUUCUUCUUUUUCUUUGAAUCGCUUGUGUUCGUGAACAUAUGAAGGAAGGCUGCCGCUGGUUCUCCAUCCCCUGUUUGACCGUUUAGGUGAUUUGUGUUAGGGAACUAACGUUACUGCCAGCAGCUGUAGAGGCAUGUGAUGGGGCAGUGACUGCCAUCUACCUUUUUGAAGAGGCGCUUUUCAAAAUCGUUUUGUCAACGCGAUCAGUGGCGAUACUUCUAACUUAUAAUUCCAGAGGACACAAAGGACAGUAUAACAGUCCAGAGGUGUGUUGGCAGCUGUCCCUUGCGGUUUCCCUCACUGGGAGAGCUGGGGGCGAGAGCAGGGAGAGUUGACCGCUACGUGUGUCAGUGCCUUUACCUGUAUUAUUGGCUCGAAUCACGCAGUCCUUUGAUUUGAGAUCCACGGAAGCACUUACAGAGGUGCGUUUCAAAUGGCUUCAGUGCUCUAUGAUGCCGGAAUGCUGAGACGACAAGAGACAGACAUCUCAGAUCUCUCCUACCCGUGUAAAGGGCUGGCUGAUUUUUUUUGGUUUGGCUUACAUGUUUUGUCAGAAUUUUUUUUCUCUCGAUUUUGUGCCACAUUCCAGGGAAUGUCUGAGCAGCAUUGAUGAUUUGUCAUCGACUUAAAUGAGCAACGGCUUGAAACUGGGUGAAAACAAGCUGGUCCUGCUAAACUUUGUUUACUGUAAUUAUUAUCAUUGUGCUAUUAAGACAUAUUUUCUGUGUAGUGCUUUCAGUCGGGAUGUAAGUCACGAAUAGGUUAAAAAGCCAUUGCCUGAAGUUUCAUACCCUGUUUUGUUUUUUUGUAGUGCUCUAGUCCUUAACAGGCUGGCACAGAGCUUUUUAGCCAAAUCUGGGUGUUUUUGUCUGUGUACAUACGUCUGUUGGAGCUUCUUUAUGAUAAUGGGAGGAGGGGCUGACUUGGAGGAUUUUUUUUAAAACCCUGUUACGCACAAUGAAAUUCCUCCAUGAAAGGGUUUCAUGUGGCCUGGACAGUGUUUGGGGUCAGCACUGUCAAGACUGCCCCACUAUCCCAAAGAACUUUCACUAGGACUCCAGAUCAGAAAAACACACACACACACACACACACACACACACAUACACACACACACACGCACACACAAAUACGUACAUACAUAUUUACAUACAAUUCUCCCUUUACUUUACUUUUAGAAUGUGUGAGCAAGUAUGCACACAGCCCCUCUUGUAGAUCUAGAAAUAUGGAGAUAUUUCUGAUUUAAAAUAAAUAUGGGAUGUAUGCAUGGGGUAUACUGAUGUUUUUUUUUUCUUUUUGUAAAGAAACAUAUAUAUUCAAUGCAGUCCUUCAUAUACAGUAGAUGCAUGAUGUAUCCAUGCAUUGAUAUGCACACAUGCAUCUUCUCUGUAGGUGCGUUGGGAGAGCCCAAGUAAGUCCCCACAAACAGCUACCUCAGGGCUGUCGUGCCAAAAGGGAUUGAUUUUAAGGGAGGGAAAAAAAACACACAAAUGAUCCUCUUUAGAUCCAAGUGCAAGUGAAUCCCACAGAGACAGAGAAAUGACACAACAGGCCAAUAGCUGACCGUCAUAGGGCUGCCUUCUCUAGAAGCUUCUGUGUCUUGCUGUGAAUCGGCUAUGGCUGCGACUGACCCCAUAGCUGGGCUGCCUAGUUAUAUUUCUGAGCUAUUUCACGUGUGGACCGCCGUUGUUUUGUGUUUUUUGGACCUCUCUAGCAUGGCCCAUUUCCUGCUCUCUGUUGUUGUUUGUUUAUUGUUGUUUGAGGAGAGCUGAUCGAUUGCUUAAACGUUUGUGGUCCAUACUGUUAAGAUCCCUGGUGAGGUGGCAGAGACAGAUCUAUCUCGUGGAAACUUCAACAUUUCAGUGAGUCCUUGUCCUUCAUGUUGACACACCUCACUGUAGGACACACGGCAUUGUGAGAGUCACACACAGGUCCACAUUGUUAAGGAAAAUAUCCCAGGAUAGCCAGAGAAAACUCAAUGUAAAAUAACCUUAUCCCUGCUAUGUACAGAGUAGAUAAAAAGCCAUCAUUGUGACAUCAUUGUGUGUGCUUGAAUUGAUUGCGGAGACACGUCCUCCCAUGCUGAGAAAUAUUGCCAGACCAACAGAUAACCUUUGCCAUAGUUUUUAAGUAGACAGAUUAUUUAUUAUCUAAGAUCAAGAUUCAAUACUAUUGCCAUACAACAGAAGUUAUUAGGAAUUUGCUGCAUUAUGCUCUACACAUCUGAUUGGGGUUGAUUAUGGAUCCAGCAGAUUUCACUCCCCAUGGCCUGUGUGAAGUGUGAAUUAUAUGGAAAUAAUCAGACCUUUCAUAUGGACACACUGUUUUAUGAUUAUGGAAUUGUCCCAGUACUAAAGUAUACUUGUACCAAUUGCAUUGUAUUACUUGGGGGAAGUGGCAAAAGCCAACUCGGGACUAAAUGUCCUGAAUGAUAUUAUCAAUUUAACAAAUAAAACUUUUGAAAACAUUA